UGGUAAAAAACUCCAUCCCCUCCAUCAGAAACGGACUUGGUGUGAGCAAUCUGUCCGCCGGAAACUGACUCGAAGGCCAGAGACGCUCAGAGUUGUUGACUGUGCUGGUACUCCCUCUUCUCGCAGAGUUGUUUGCUUGUUGGCUGCUGAAUUGCUUUGUUUUGGGUGUUUGGAUGAAUGAUCACGCAGAUCCCCGGGAACUGGAAGAAAAUCGAGGCCGCUGAUCUUCAUCUUUGCUCGGUGAUUUAUUCUCUCCUGGAUUGCAUUUCUAUAGCAUGAAGAGGACAAUGCCAUGGAAUGAGCAGGUGGAUGUUAAUAUCUCAUCAGAUGAGUCUUCUUCCUCGGAUGUGGAUGGUGAAGUUGAUGUUAAGCCUGGAGGCAAGCUGUUAAGCAAUAGUGUUACAAUUGAUCAGCCUGCCAAAGAGAAAAUUUCAGAAGGUGAUAUAUUCAGAAGGGCAAAAAUGUAUCAGGAAUACAUGAAGCAGAUCCCAAUCCCAACCCACCGUGGCUCUAUUAUCCCUUUUACGACAUGGAUGGGACUGGCCAACUCUAUUAAGCUAUUGUAUGGGCAACCUCUGCAUUACCUCACUAAUAUCCUCUUAAAACAGUGGGACCAAUCGAGGAUCGGGACAGAGGAUGAGCAUAGGCCAUUGGAUACCAUUAUUCAUCCUUGUAAAGCUGAAGCAAACAUUUGGCUCAUUGAAGAAGUUCAUCGGCUUACAUCGUCUCAUCAUUAUUUAGCCAAGCUCUGGUUGUCUGAUCCCAUGUACCAUGCCUUUGUUGAUCCCAUUUUCCCACAACUGCAAGGGACGACAUCUCCAUAGCAGCCACCGAUGAGAGAAGCUCCAAGCUCCCUCCAUUUGCCUACAUAUGAUACAAAAUCUACAUCUGCAACUCCAGCUGAUUGCUGUAACAGAAGAAACACAUUCCUUAACAUUGAUAUUGGCAUCAGCUAAAAUAACACAUAGAACUAAAGCCAGUGGAGAAAUAGUAUUCUGUAAAAUUAUAGCAGUACAUUGUGCCUAUGCACCAAUUCUACUAAUAAGGAAAGGGGCCUGAAGCAGAAAAAAAAAUUUUAAUCCUAGUGCACUGAAGAGAAGUACGGGGAAGCAGGAAUCUCACCACCCACUCCUUUGUAGCAGGAUCAUAAGUCUCCCCACUGUUUGGAUACACAAGUAUUGGUUUAGUUGUUACCUGAAGAUUAAUUAACCCAAAAAAGAGCAAGCAUUACCAAGAAAAAAAAAGCUCUGGGGAUCAAAUUCAUCAAUAAAAAGUGAAAAUCAAUGCUGCGGUAGGCAGCUGCAGGUCAAGAUGGAGGAGAACUAGAGAAAAUCUGUGCCCGAUAGUUGAAUAUCAGCAUCAAGCUAGAUAAUUAUACCUUCUGAAUCGAUUGAAUCAGUCCGUGAAUAAACCUGGGAGGGGUACAGUUGAUUCCAACGGCAACAACUUGCUUACAUGAAUCUGCAAUCGAUACACACUCGAGCAAAGAGUCACCACUGACCACAUUGGUGCCAUCUUUAGAGGUGAAAGAAAACCAUGCAGGGAUCUUUACAUCUUCGUCCUCAAGAAGCUCGGCAUACGCCUACAUCAGAAACUAAUAAGCAAACCAAACAGAGCUCCACCGUGGUUUAUCUUGAAAAUAAGCAAAAAUUGUAGGUAUGGAAUGUCAAACCAAACAAUGGAGAAAAUUUUCUUGAAACCCCACUGUACACUUGCAAGUAACCAUGCAGGAGGAGAUGAAAUAUAUGUGUGAAAGUUAAAUCCCCUGCCCAUGUGAGUUAGCGUGAAAACUACCUUGGCUUCUAGCUUGUUUGGAAUUGUUUCGAAUGCAAUUAGGUCAGCCCCAGAUUCGGCAAGAAUCUGAACCCGUCUUCUGUGAAAAUCCUUCAAAGAUUUGAGAGUAACUGUGUCACCAUAGUCCCCACUGUCAAGUGAGCAAAAAUUAGUAACACAAGGAAAGAGACAUUCCAUCGAAAGAAAGCUAUAUAUAUACACAUGGGUCUUCUGAGUUUUCGGAUAUCAGGUGAAUGGCAUCAUUUUCUAUAAUGUGCACAGAUGGGAUUUUGAGACAAUAUUUCAUAUUCUGCACAAACAGGAUUUUGAUAAGUUUUCCAAUUAAAGCACAAAAAAUCUUCUCAAGACCAAAUCUAGCUGUUUCCAAAAGGGUGAAUUGAGGGGGUGUGCAGGCAAGAGCCUAGAGAGUUUGGAUUACCUAUACUCGGAGCCAUCAGCGAGAUAAGCCCCAUAGCUGCCCACAGAAGCUGCUACCAAGACUGGACGUUGGUUGGGAGUCCUUGCAUUAUAAAUAUCUCUUGCUUCACAUGCUAGUUCUACACUUCUCUUCAGCAGAGCUUCCCCUUCCUCUCUGGAAAAUCCUUUAGCCUCAAAACCCUGAAUUGUGGCCUGUAAUCCAAUUUCACAUCGACAUGGAUGCAGCAACAGCUUCUUAAUUUAAUUUGUUGGCCAAAUUAAAGAGUUCAAUUUGAACAAAGGAUAUAUAUGUAUGUAUGCAUUACCUGAUAAGAUGCUGUUAUAAUAAUAUUUGCUCCAGCGUCAA